AUGUUUGUUCAAAGCGGCGACUACGGAGGGAUCACAGGGUUGUUGGGCACUGGCCACAUGGCGGAACUGUUUGAAUUUGUUACUUGCCUGGAUCAUCGGCGAACCGAACGUAUGACGGAAUGGCGAGCCACGAUAAAAUUUAUUUGA